CCGUCGUGCUUCGGCUAUUGCCAAGCAAAAAUGUCUGCCUAAGGGAAACUCGCAAGUUACAGUGGAUAUUUGCUAAAUACAAUCGCAAAAGCCACCGAUUUUAUUCUCUUUCAAACGCUAGACGAGGAAACCAACGCCGUCAUUGGCACACCCGAUCGCCCUAGUUGGAUUUUUUACCAGCAGAAAAGAUUUAGUCAAGGAUUUUAAGGAUGAACCCUCAGCAGCGGAUCGCCGCUAUCGGGACGGAUAAGGAGUUGAGUGAUCUGCUGGAUUUUAGCGCGAUGUUUUCUCCACCUGUAAACAGUGGUAAAAACAGGCCGACCACACUUGGAAGCAGCCAGUUCAGUGCAUCAGGUUUGGACGAGAGGACAAGCCAAGCAUCAUGGGCCUCAGGUGGCCAGUCCAGCCCGUCCUACGAGUCCUCCAGGGGGUUUGGAGACAGCACUCAUUAUGCUGAUCACUUGAGUGACAGUCGAUUAGUGUCCCAUGAAGGAUUGUCCCCAACACCUUUCAUGAGCUCCAGCAUAAUGGGCAAAUCAGAGCGGGCUCAGUUCUCUGGCUAUGGGAGAGAACCAGGCGUCUCUGGAUGCCAGUCUACUCUGCGGCCGGACGUGGGGUUGGCCAGCCCAGGGCCCGUCACCACUUCUGGAAAGUCACCCACUCCGUUCUACUCUUUCACCGGCUCCAAUCCACGAAGACGCUCCCUUCAGGACUCUGCUUCACUGGAUCCUCUGCAAACAAAGAAAGUGCGCAAGGUCCCUCCUGGCCUGCCUUCAUCUGUUUAUGCACCAUCACCCAGCUCAGAUGACUUCAACAGAGAUUCUCCAUCCUACCCGUCCCCCAAACCCCCCGGCAGUAUGUUCGCAAGUACUUUCUUCGAUGGGGCCCACAAUGCAUCUGACCAAUGGAACGCAUCCAAUGGGAUCAGCCAGCCAGGCUAUGGGGGAAUGCUGGGAGGAUCUUCAUCUCACAUGCCACAGUCUGGAAACUACAGCAACAUGCACUCACACGACCGGCUGAACUACCCGCCCCACACGGUGUCACCCACAGACAUCAAUGCUAGCUUGCCACCCAUGUCCAGUUUCCACCGCAGCAAUGCCAGCACCUCGCCCUUUGUCACCGCAUCUCACACCCCACCUGUCAACACCAACGAAGGAGUCAUGGCUGCUGCCAACCGAGGGAACGCCACUGGAAGCUCUCAGACUGGAGACGCGCUGGGAAAAGCCCUGGCUUCGAUUUAUUCUCCUGACCACACGAGCAGUAGUUUCCCCUCGAACCCUUCCACUCCUGUGGGCUCUCCCUCUCCGUUGACUGCUCAGGCGGGCACUGCUACAGCAGGUACAGUGGUGACAGCCAGCGGCUCCACAGGAAGGGCAGGUACAACUCAGUGGCCCCGUGCAGCAGGACAAGCACCUUCCUCCCCAAACUACGAGAACUCCCUCCAUUCUCUGAAAAAUCGUGUGCACCAGCAGCUUCAUGAGCAUCUGCAGGAUGCCAUGUCCUUCUUAAAGGAUGUCUGCGAGUCUCGGAUGGAGGACCGGCUGGACAGGCUGGAUGAUGCAAUUCAUGUCCUUCGGAACCAUGCUGUGGGCUCCACUGCUGCCCUUUCUAGCGACAUCCACAGCCUGUUGGGACAAGCGCACAAUGGGCCAAUCACAGCCAUCGGCGCCAAUUUCCCCGCUUCCGGAUUGGUUGCCGGCCGAACAGCACCUAUGGGCUCCGUUCACCGCGAAGAGAGCGUCAGCCUGAACAACAACCAUGCCGGAUUGCAGGCCAGUGCUGUGCCUACUUCCAGCUCAGAGCUGAACCACCAGGCAGACACUUUCAGAGGACUCGCUGGCUGUCUGGCUAGCCAAGUGGCUUCUGCUCUGGAGCUGAAGAUCGAGAAUCAAGAAAAAGAUGACAUGCACGACAACCACUCUUCUGACGACCUCAGGUCAGAUGACGAGAGCGAUAAAAGGGAUAUGAAGGGGACAAGGGGAGGCACUCGAACAAGCAGUAUCAAUGAAGACGAGGACCUGAACCCUGAGCAGAAAGCAGAACGCGAGCGCGAGAGGAGGAUGGCCAACAAUGCCCGUGAGCGGCUGCGGGUUCGAGACAUCAACGAGGCAUUCAAAGAGCUGGGACGCAUGUGUCAGCUGCACCUGAAGAGCGAGAAGCCCCAGACCAAACUGCUCAUUCUCCAUCAGGCCGUCGCCGUCAUUCUCAGCCUCGAACAGCAAGUCAGAGAGAGGAACCUGAACCCCAAAGCAGCCUGCCUUAAGAGGAGGGAAGAGGAGAAGGUGUCGGGGGUUUCAGGUGACCCCCAGCAAGCCCACCCUCCUGUGCACCCGGGCCUCACAGACGCAUCCAACCCUAUGGGCCAUCUGUGAACACUGGCCAGAUCAAAUGGAUCACGAUGGCGUGUGUUAGACAGAGGCGGUGACCUUGCUUGCCACGGGCUGACAGGACUCACAGAUUGUGACACAGAUUUGAAAAGACAGACCACUUGAAGCAAAAUUCCACCGUUAAGUAGUCCUGCGAUAGAAGAAAACUGGCAAGUGCCCAGCUCCCUGUGAAGACCCCCCAUAUCGAUAAGCAACUUUUUGCCCACCAGAGAAAAACAAAUAUUAAGCAUAAAAGCCCCUCAGCACAUAUCGCUGUCUGCAAGCCGUUUGCCGCAGCUGUACAAUCAGAGACUGCCGCCACCCGUUCCACACUGUACGUGGAAGUUGUCUUGUGCCUAAACUGAAUUGACGAAUGCAUUGUAACAGCAAUUGUUUUAGUUUUUUUCCUAUUUAUUAUGUUACUGAGCUGUAAGUCUUUGUUUGAAGGGAAAGUUCUGACGUUGCUUUGAGAAGCUGGUGGCGUUUCAGUAGAUCUGCAGUUUGUCCGUCACAUCAGACUCUAGUGCUGUCCGCACCCUCUCUCGUGUCAGUCUGUUGAAGGGCCUCUCCACUCAAACAUCCACUCUAUGAGAUUAUUAUAUUUUUAUCGCGCUCUGAUCAAAUUCCAUGCCCUCUAAAGAAUUUGAUGGUGUAUGAACGUUCAAAGAUGUUCAAAGACUCAAGGGUCCCUUUUUGUCUAGAAUUUUAAAAAAAAAGAAAUAAUAUAUUAUUUAUAUUUAUCGUACAUUCAUUCCACAAAUAACAGCAUGAGAAACCAAAACUACCUAAGUCUUUAUUAUGUAUGUUGAUAGUGUAGCUCGGAUUCCUCAUCACUGACAAAGGUUAAAGAGAGGGAAUGAGUGAGCAAUUUUGGCCGGACUCUCUGUUUCGUGGAAAUGAUGGUGGGACGGCAAACUCUGGCUUUACUGAGAGGUCAAAGAUCAAACACAAGCUGACAUGUUUAUACUCAUUAGAAAGCAGCACGGAUACAGAAAGCAGAAACGUUUCAAAACCCCAGCAUUCCCUGGAUAUUUCUUAGUGUCUUAAAUGGGAAAGGGGACACAAUCUCGUCCUUUUGAUUCCUUCGCCAUAUAGUGUUAAGGGUAAAGCGAAAUGACAGAUUUCCGAUGCAGUUUGUUUGUAUUCAAAUGUUACAUUAUUUGGUCCCUGUUUUGUUUGGACAGCCGUGGUAAUGCCGAGGGCAUCUGUACUGAGGAAUCUCAGAUAUACCUUUAGCCUGGAUGUAUCAUGGCACUGUUUGAGAAGAGUUGGAUUGAAACGAUGACCAUUACUUCACCUGGCCUGAAUUGAAGUUUUGCUUUAUGUUCUUUUUUUCUAAAAUGAUUAUCAAUUUAAAAAAUGAAGGAAAAAAAAAAAAGAAAUACUCAAAAGUAACCACAUGUUAUAUGUUUAUUUGUAAUUGUAUGCAAAGCAUUUCUCUAGGCUUCAUAGUAAAGCGUAUAUUUGUCGUGUGAAAAUAGAAGGAUGUUCUACCUUACUUAGAAAGGCUUUGUCUUUCCCCCCAUGCAUUAAAGUGCUUGAUACUUGAUCAGCAGAAUGUGAGCACAAUGUCUGUUAGAUAAAGAAAAGCUCUUUGAAUUAAAUUGCUCUGAAGCAUCAAAAACAAGCAGUGGAAGUUAUGAACAAAACCAGUUUGGAUCAGGAUUUUCUCUGACAUUUAUAUCUUUUUUAUUUUCUCACCACGUUCAUUUAUAAUUAAUACUUUUUUCUUUAAGACAAAAAAGGUUUUUUUGUUUUUGUUUAAAAAAACUUCUCUCUUUACUUUCUCUCUGUUGUCUUCCAUGCAUUCACACCAUUGAAACAAGACUGCCACAUUCUAAUAUGAAUCACUCCCUGAAUUACAAAGUCAAAAGAACAAAAACAGAAGGAAAAAUAUAUCAUAAAGUUUCAGAAUAUCAGCAUUCAUUUCCAACUAUGUUUUUUCUGAUUCUUUGUUUUGUGGAAAGUUACCUUGCUUAUCAAAAUUAUUGUGAAAUCCACUAGUCUUAUACAUUUCAGUAUUCAAGAGCUUGUAUUUUUGCCGGCGGAAAAUUUAUCAAGGUUUUGAGUCAUCUUUUUGUCUUUUGUUUGGUUUCCCUGUUUUUUCUGUGUUCUGUUUUCCUCUGUUGGAUAUGUUAGAUUUUGCUGUAUGCCCUGAUGCUUUCCCUCAUUUAAAAAAAAAAAAAAAAAACAA